GCGCAGCCUCGUUGUAGCGCGGGGCUGGCGGGGAGCGCGGCGCCGCCAUAUUGUGGGGAGUCGGAGGGUUUUCCAGCGGCGAGUCCGGCCGCUCCGACCUGAGGGGAGCUCAGCGGGUUCACGCACAUACAUACAGAAAACCAGGGGGGGGGAAAAAAGCCCCACAAAACAAAAAAGAAGGAAUAAUCAUAAAUAGCCAGCGAGAGGGAAGUAAACUCAGAAGAGUUUAAAAAAAUACAAAAAGAAUUGACACACACACACAUAUAUAAUAUAUAUAUCCGAAAAGCCAACAAUUCUGCCCACAGGAAGAGAGAAACAACAAGUCCCCGCUCCCAGGACCAGGCUAAGUUUCAGCUCCCAGCAUCUCAGCCAUCAGUGACCAGGCUUUGGGGCUUGAUGAGAACAUUUUUUCAUUGGCUUUGGAAAUGGAACGAAGGUGGCAACUCUGAUUUGAAAGCCCGGCCACAACAUAAUACUUUUUUUAAAUGAUUCGUGAGCGUGCUCUCUUUUUGGACAAAUUCUUAAGGACAGAGUGAACCACAAGAGACCCUCCCCACUUUGCUGAUUGUCAGAACUGAAGAUACUUACCUGCCCCCUGGUUGCUGAACCACUCAACAUCUGCUUCUGAGCUUGCCUCUGGCCUCCUAUUAGACAUGGCAGGACCUGUGCCAAGCAGGGCCAGAGUUUACACUGAUGUAAACACACACAAACCAAGAGAAUACUGGGAUUAUGAAUCUCAUGUUGUGGAAUGGGGAAAUCAAGAUGACUACCAAUUAGUUCGAAAAUUAGGUCGAGGGAAAUACAGUGAAGUGUUUGAAGCCAUUAACAUCACAAACAAUGAAAAAGUAGUCGUUAAAAUACUUAAGCCUGUAAAGAAGAAGAAAAUAAAGCGUGAAAUUAAAAUAUUGGAGAAUCUGCGUGGCGGUCCAAAUAUUAUCACACUCAUAGAUAUUGUCAAAGAUCCUGUGUCACGGACGCCAGCUUUGGUUUUUGAACAUGUAAACAACACAGAUUUCAAGCAGCUGUACCAGACCUUAACAGAUUAUGAUAUACGGUUCUAUAUGUAUGAGAUUUUGAAGGCCCUGGAUUAUUGCCAUAGUAUGGGAAUCAUGCACAGAGAUGUGAAGCCACACAACGUCAUGAUUGACCAUGAGCAUAGAAAGUUGCGACUGAUUGACUGGGGUCUGGCAGAGUUCUAUCAUCCUGGGCAAGAAUACAAUGUCCGAGUGGCCUCCAGGUACUUCAAGGGACCCGAACUACUUGUAGAUUAUCAGAUGUAUGAUUAUAGCCUAGACAUGUGGAGUUUAGGAUGUAUGCUGGCCAGCAUGAUCUUCAGAAAAGAGCCCUUUUUCCAUGGUCACGACAAUUACGAUCAGUUGGUCCGAAUAGCCAAAGUGCUAGGCACAGAAGAUCUGUAUGACUACAUUGACAAGUACAACAUUGAGCUGGACCCUCGGUUUAAUGACAUUCUGGGCAGACAUUCCCGGAAAAGAUGGGAACGUUUUGUCCAUAGUGAAAAUCAACACUUGAUUAGCUCAGAAGCACUGGAUUUCUUGGAUAAGCUUCUACGAUAUGAUCAUCAAACACGUCUAACGGCACGAGAAGCUAUGGAACAUCCUUAUUUUUAUCCAAUUGUGAAAGACCAGUCCCGAAUGGGCUCCUGUACUAACAUGCCAACUGGUAGCACUCCAAUCAGCUCAGCCAGUAUGAUGUCAGGGAUCUCUGCAAUGCCAACCUCAUCGCCACUGGGACCUCUUGCUGGCUCACCAGUCAUCUCUGCUACCAACACCCUUGGGACGCCAGUUCCAGCCACUGCAGGGGCUCAGCCUUGAUGUCACCCUCCUGACUACUCGUAACCCUGGCAACCGCCUGGUCACCCUUCUCCCCUCCACCUCACUCCUCCUUGGAAACAUGGGGAACCAGCUGGUCAUGUCACAUCUGAGCAGUUGCUUAUGGAUUCUCCUGAGUUCAAUCAUUUUGAAAACGGGAAAAAGAAAGUCUGAUUUUUACUUGAGAAUUUUUUUGUGUUUUGUAUGUCACCAGACUUAGAGACAGUAUAUCUCUCUUAGUCCUAACUAGGCCAUAUGUAAUGCCUCUUUGUCAGAAAUUGUUGCCUAUACACUGUUCUCAUGCACUUGUUCAGUGUUACCACGUUUUUCCCUUGGGUUUUGAGUGGAGUUUUAGCAGAUGAUGUCACAUUGCGAGAAUUGUCUGCUGUAAUAAUUUAGUGGUUCGGAAAUAAUUUUCUUUGGAACAUUCAAAUGAUUUUUUCAUUAAAGUCUUAUUCCCAGACAAUUAGAGUAAAGGGAGUAAGUGUGAGUUGCAUUUUUAUUAUCUAAAAACCAAAUAGUGCUAAAUGGAAUAUUGCAUCUGAAAUGAAAUCUAUUAGGGAUAUGAAAUAUUGGAAGCACUGCAUUAGAUUUGUUGUGUGCUUUUGAAGGUACUCUGUUGAAACUGUUGCUAAUUAAGAGUAUGUUUAAAAGCUAAUCUAUUGCUCCAACCAUAAAUACAUUCUUUGCUUGGAAAAUCCAAGCAAGUUGUGUUUUUUUUUUAUUUUUCCUCCUCCUGAGCACACCAUAUAUGAUAAUGCAAUUAUUAUCAGAGACUCAACCAUAGUGAAUUCAUUUUCAAACUUUUGGACUGAAGGUUUUUAAUCAUUUUAACAACGUUGGGGAAAAAAGUAUCAUUACAAUUCAUACUAUCACCCAAUUUAUGUAUUUAGUUCUCAUUGUCUAUUGUGUUUCAGUUGCCUUUUAUUUAAAGCAAUUAAGCAGGAUUUGGGGUGGGGAGGGGUGAUGAAUUAGGAAAUAUGGCUCCAAGGAAUUUUGGUGGACUAUGGGUAGGGAAUUUUUUUAAGAAAAGUGUUUGGAAACAAAACUGCUGCUGUUGAUUAGUGAGAAGGCAGUUGAGUAAGGACUAUGCUUGACUACAUUUUAUUAAACAUGCUCUGGUUAUACAUUUAUCAUCCAAUUAGGUGCAUUCUAUGUUCUUUCUGCUCUGCAUUUUUAUCAUUAUGCUGUGUUCAUCUGCCUUCUCAGACCUGUAGUAGGUCAGACUCAGGUCAGUGUGCAGAUUCAUACACCUGCAAUUCCACUUUGAACAGAAGCAGGUUAGAUGGAUCAGUUCUGCAUCUCUGACAUGUCCCAGGCUUGAAAGUGAUCAGUUGGGUGCUGAAACCUCCAGAUGUUUGUUUAAUGGCAGUAUAUUGCAAUGCUAGCAAAGUUUGGAGUGGCAAUACUCCUCUAUAUUCACUUGCAUGACUGGGUGUAGAGUAAUAUUUUUGUUUCAGCCCCACUCUAGCCAGAUGUCACCCAAGAUAAACUCUUGAAAAGAUCAGUGUGAAUAUGAGACCUGAAAAAGUUUCAAAUGGUUGUUAAUCAAGAAAAGGACAAGGUUUUUUUGUGUUGAAAGAGGGGAAAGUCCAUAAUUCUCUACCCAUUAAACUAUUUACGUGGGAGCUACUUUCUUUGGAAGUGGAAACUUGAUGCACAUAGGAUACAGUAGUAGGUGUCACUCAUGCACAUUGACACAUAGGCAUACAAGAAAUGCCUAGUAAUGUUUAUUUUGUGUGGCUCUUUUAUAUCCCUUAUCUCUCGGGGUCAGUGUGUAUACUGCAUUGUGAGUAAACAACUGCACUCGUGGACAAACAAAGUGACUCAAUCUUAUGCCAACCCCUGUGCCCAUGAUGGUUGCCUGCCUUUGCCUCAUCUCUUUCCUAGUCCAAAUGAAGAGAUCAUCAUUGAGUUGUCAUAUUUAAAUUUCAAAGAAAAAUAAAGUAAAAGCAAUAGCAUUGAUAUCUUCCUGGCUUAUUUUGGAGAAUUCCCUUUUAUGUUAAUCAUUGCUUUGCCAAAAAAAAGUGACAAUGGAAAACAGUAUUGUGGUUCAGUAUUUGUUUGAUUUGUAGUCUGAAAUUGCUGUUAAAAUUGCUGUAACGGCUAUUUUGGAUAUUUGAGCCAGAUACUGAUUUUUUUUUUGUAUCUUUUGACUUGAUUUAUUCUGAAGCAGGUUAUAAAUUCUCAUGAGUUCCCACAUUGAGUUAUCUAAGAGAUAACUCAAGAGAUUUUGAUCAAUUGGGCCAAUGGACUAAGGAGUGGUAGAUGAAGUUUAAUUUGGAUAUGUGAGAUAUUGCAUUUUGGUAAAACAAAUAAGGACAGGACUUGUACAAUUAACGUCAUGUUGUAGAACAGAGACCCCUAGGGGUAUUUGUGUCACAAGUAGCUGGGGUGGUUAAGAGGACAUUUAACACGCUUGCCUUCAUUGCUCAGACCUUUGAGUAAAGGAGCUGGGACAUCUUGUUAAGGUUGUACAGGAUUUGGUGAUGCUUUUCUGGAAUACUGUGUGCAGUUCUGGUUGCCCUGUUAUAUGAAAAUUUAUUAAACUGAAGAGGGUUCAGAAAAGAUUUAUCAAGAUGUUGCUGGGAGUGGAGGGUUUAAGUUACAAAAAUAGGCUGCGACCUUUCUCACUGGAGCAUAGGGGGUGGGGGUUAUAAACCUUUAUAGAGGUUUAUAAAAUCAUGAGGGGCAUAGCUAAGGUGAGUAGCAACGGUCUUUUCUCUGAAGUGGGUGAGUUCAAAACUAGGGGGCAUAUUUUUAUGAUGAGAGGAAGAAGAUUUCAAAAGGACAUGAGGGGCAACUUUUUUGCACAGAGUGGUUAGUGUAUAGAAUGAACUGCCAGAGCAAGUGAUAGAUGCACUUACACUUACAAUGUUGAAAAGACAUGUGCAUGAAUAGAAAAGGUUUGGAGAAAUAUGGGCAAACACAGGCAGGUGGGACUAGUCUAGUUUGGGAACAUGGUUGGUGUGGACUAGUUGGACCAAAAGAGUCUGUUUCCAUGCUCUAUGAGUCUGACUGGUAUAAAUAGACAAUGCACUUUUGUGCACCUGUUUUCUCUCUGAAUUCACAUUCCAUUUGGUGCCGAUGGUUCGUUAGCACAGUGAUGCAACAAUGCAUCAUAGAUGUUGCUGUUUCACAGGAAAUAUUUUAAUCCCCUUCCCUUUUUAAUUUUCUCGCAUUUCUGGGCCUUGGAUUUAGAGUUCCAUUUAAAAUGCUUUUGAAAUUUGAAACUCAAGCAGAAAUUACUUGUCUGAAUUCAGGAUCUGUGGAAAGAUUGAGAAUACUUUAUAAAACUGUCUCAAUUGACGUUUACAAACCUAUAUCUGUAUCAUGCUACUGUGCAACCGUUCAGAAGUGGAUGUCAAUAUUUGCUAUCUGUUCACUAAGAAAUAUGAUGAUUCCAAUAAGUAGGUUUAAGAUUGGAAUAAAACCUAUAUAUGAAAGAGGCGGCUUGAUAAACAUUACAAAGCUGAUUGUGAUUCAGUCCUAAAGGUUUAUCGUCUUUAAACACUUGGUUUGAAUUGCAGCCUUGCAAAAACACUUGGGUAUCUAGUUCAUAUUGUAACACUGCAGAACACUGGUUCCACUGUUCAAUAUUGCUGUGCUUACUAGCACUGUCUAGUCAUGAAAAGUCAGCCGCGCAUAACUUUUGAAAUUCUUGGGUCCACUUCAAUGUAUGUAUAUAUUGAUCCAACAACCUCAGCCCUUGGAGAAGUGAUGAUUAAAAUAGUCAUCAUUAAACAGCAUAUAGAAUGUA